AUGGUUGAACGUGCUAUUGGAUGGGAGAGCUUAACGUUAGAUGUUAGACCUCGUUCUCAAAAUAGAGAAAAGACCCCGGCCUUAACCGGCGCCUCGACCCUACACAAGCCGCAUCUCUCUACGACGCAGCAGCAGCUACGCGGCAGCGCUCCCUUCUUCCCUGCCUUCGAACAAUUACUUCAUGCACCGCAGCUGCAGCCCCACUCCUUCACCCACAGCGUGCCGGACCCCGCACCGAACCCCUUCUUCUCCUCGUCGUCGCCGCCGUCCUCGGUCUCCGACUUCCUCGACUUCCACCACGAGCCCGUCCGCAGGGUCUACAGCACCGGUGACCUACAGGCUUCGACAGAGAACUGUGUACAGGAUGGGUCAGCGACGGUGGGGAGAGUUGGGAGGUACACGGCGGAGGAGAGGAUGAAGAAGAUUGAGAGGUAUCGGAGCAAGCGCAACCAGAGAAACUUCCACAAGAAGAUCACCUAUGCGUGCAGGAAGACUCUGGCCGAUAGCCGCCCGAGAGUCCGCGGCCGAUUCGCCAGGAACGGAGAGCCAGAAGCAGAAACAGAACAAGAGCUAGGCCGAGGCGCGGAGACCAGCUACGGGAGCUACACCAACAAUCGUGGCAACCGAGAGACCAGCUACGAGAGCUACACCUGCAACCGUCACGGCAACAAGAAGCUUCCGACCGGUGGUCUGAAAAUUCCGGCAACGACGCUCGCCACCACCGACGAGGAGGAGGAGUUCAGCUACAGCGGCGAGGACCUCUGGGCUAGCUUUGAUGGGGUCUUCUCCAUGAACCUUCUCUCCUGAAGAAAGUUUAAUCAUAGGAGCUGUAUUAAUUCUCUAAUCUAAUAGCAUAAUUGUCGCUAGUUCAUUAGCGUCCCCUUAAUAAAGCUCUAUUAAGUGACUGUUAUUUUCACUUC